AUGGAGACUAUUGUUCUUCUACCCCUUGGCAUUGCACUGUGGACUCUCUGCAAAAGGCAGUCCCGACAGCAAGAAGUCAUAGGUGAUCUGCAGGCGACUAUAACUCGGCAGAGGGAAGAGUUGGAUAGACUGCUGCGGACGGAAGGUAGUUCAGGUGCUGUACGGUUGGUGAAUUAUUCCUUGUUGACAGCGGUAGGUGUAUAUGGUUGUGUCCUCGUGGCAAAGGUUCUUUCAUCUUCCUCGCGUAGCGGAUGUGAUAUGCCACCAACGCAGUAUACACCAACCCCCGCGCGACACGAGGGAGAAGAGUGUGUUGUGUGCAUGAUCCACAAACGGGACACAUUAUUCGGCCCUUGUCGUCACCUGUGCGUAUGCUGGCUGUGCUCGCAGGACAUGCACUUGUGUCCAGUGUGCCGACAGGAAAUUUUGAGACGUCAGUUUGCAUUUCUUUCCUGA